GCCAUAGUUUCCUUGGCGGUUAAUUAAAGCUUCCUCCCUCCCUCUCUCUCUCUCUCUCUCUUGUUUCUCAACCUCAAUCUCUGAACACCUUUCCAGGUACCAUGUCGUCUCCACUGAUGUAAUCUUCUGAAACAUUUCUGGGUUUUGAUUGUUUCUUUGAUUGGAUUUAUAUUCAUCGGAGUCUGAGGUACAAUAUUCGUGCUACCUGUGACGUGUUUUUAGGAUAAAGCUUGGAUUUUUAUCGGUUGUGUAGUACAAAUUUUUCAACUUUGGAUGUAUAAUGGAUUGGAUUAUAAAUAAUUUCUGAAUUCGUUGGUGUUAUUGGUUUAAGUGGUGAAUUAAGGUUGUUGAAGGAGGUCAUUAGUUGUUGGUGCUUGUGAUUGUGUAUACAAUAUAGAAACAUGGGUUGCAUGAGUUCCAAGUCCGCGGCCGUUGAAGAUAGACGAGAGAACCACCAAGAGAGGCUGAAGCGAAAAGGGUCAUUAGAGAAAGUUGUUCGUCCGGCUAAUUCAUCGGGAAGAGAGGAAGUUGUUCGAUCAAAGGAUAAAUAUGGUGGUGGUGGUGGUGAUGUGAAGGUCUUGUUUAUCGAUAAGAAAUCCGGUGAUUCGAAUCGAUUUCAUUACAACGAUCAUGUUGAGGAGAAGAGGGUCAUUGAUAAGUUUGAGGUUGUAGAGAACAAUAAGGUAGAAAAGUGUGGGGCUGUGAUCGUCGGUCAUCAUCCCGGUUCCGAAAGGGUACUGAAUAGCAUAGAAGGAGAGCAGGUUGCAGCAGGGUGGCCUGCUUGGCUUGUUGCUGUGGCAGGUGAAGCUAUCAAGGGAUGGAUACCGCGACGGGCCAAUUCCUUCGAGAAGUUGGAUAAAAUUGGCCAAGGAACAUAUAGUAGUGUGUAUAAGGCUCGUGACCUAAUUCAUAAUAAACUCGUGGCUCUGAAAAGAGUGAAGUUUAAUAAUCAUGACCAUGAGAGUGUGAAGUUUAUGGCGAGGGAGAUUGUUCUCUUACGAAGACUUGAUCAUCCAAAUGUUAUUAAACUGGAAAGCAUGAUCAUAUCCCCGAUGUCGUGCAGCUUAUACCUUGUUUUCGAAUAUAUGGAACAUGAUCUUGUGGGACUUGCAUCGCUUCCCGGGAUCAAGUUUCCCGAGCCUCAGAUUAAAUGCUACAUGCAGCAACUUCUAAGUGGACUUGAUCACUGUCAUAGCCAUGGUGUUCUUCAUCGCGACAUAAAGGGUUCAAAUCUUCUUAUUGACAGUAACGGAAUCUUAAAGAUUGCAGAUUUUGGAUUAGCUUGUCAUUUUGAUCCUCACGAUAGUGUUCCAAUGACCAGUCGUGUGGUGACACUUUGGUAUCGGCCACCGGAACUUUUGUUAGGAGCUUCUCAUUAUGGGGUUGCAGUAGAUUUAUGGAGUGCUGGUUGCAUACUUGGGGAACUGUAUUCAGGCAAACCUAUUUUGCCCGGGAAAACAGAGGUUGAGCAAUUACAUAAGAUUUUCAAGCUUUGUGGCUCGCCAACCGAUGACUACUGGAGAGGAGCAAAGCUACCUCAUUCAACAGUGUUCAAGCCUCUACACCCGUAUAGACGAUGUAUCGCCGAAACAUUUAAAGACUUCCCUUCUCCUACUGCAACUCUCAUGGAGACCUUGCUUUCAAUAGAUCCUGCUCACCGAAAAACUGCAGCUUUUGCUCUGAAGAGUGAGUUCUUUACUACACAACCUCUUGCCUGUGAUCCUUCAAGUCUCCCCAAGUAUCCUCCAAGCAAGGAGAUCGAUGCCAAGUUGCGGGACGAAGAAUCUAGAAGGCAAAGAGUUGGUAGCAGGGGUUCAAGGGUUGACAUGGAAAAGAGGGGACAAAAGGAACCACUUGCAUUAUCAACAUCCGAGUCUAAUACCGAGUUGACGACAUCAACGCAGGGAAAGCAACACCAUCCUGGUUUGAAGAGCAGGAGUCAGAUGCUGAAUACUGGUAGAGCCGAUUCCUUUUCUGGUGUUUUAAUCGAUCCUCCGCCCCUGAAACAGACACCAGCUGCAAAAGAAGAAAGUAGAGAUUUCCCGGAGCACAACAAAAAGAAAAUUUCACAUUCAGGCCCGUUGGUCAAUGGCACUGUGCUUAGGAAGUCCGGGAAGGAACAUGAUGAUCUUCCUAUGUUCUCCUCCAAAGCCAACUUAUCGAAAUUAUCCGGCUUGGUAGCGGCUAGAACUUCGGCUUCGGAAAACCACAAACAGAAACCUGGGGCAUCGACUCUAGAAGCAGUAAACCAAGCAGGCAAGGCACGCAGAUCAUUUAGCGGAUUAGAGUCGGCCAGAAAACAGGAAAUCAGACAUCAUCCACCGAAGACAGCAGAAUCCCCGCUGCCAGGAGAUGGAAGAGCCUGCAAUGGGGAAUCUAGUCCGCAUGGUGAAGGUCACAGCCCCAGGGGAAACAAAAUGUACGUAUCGGGUCCGUUGCUCGCGCCGUCUGGCAACAUGGAUCAGAUGCUAAAAGAGCAUGACCGUAAGAUCCAAGAGUUUGCUCGAAGAAAAGCAAGACAUGGCAAGAAAAAAGUCUAUAAAUAAACUUUGCAAAUGCAACUACAAUUUGCAGACAGCAAAUUCAUUAUUGCUCGUCUCUGCUGGUGGUGAAGCUGGACAAUAUCAGCUAACAUUUGAAGCCCAGAGAGAUCAUAAUCCGAUUGUUUAUUGCUCCAAAAUUGCAAUCGAUAUGUAUCUUAUAGUUCUGUGUUUGGAAAAAAAAAGUGUGUUAAGGAUUAUUCGAACUAUAAUAUAUAUAUAUA